AUGACCGAGGUAUCGUCUACGCGCCUAUACCUAGGCAACCUUCCUCGCAAUGCCACCAAGGCAGAUGUCGAGGGCCACUUCCAGACGCAUGGUACUGGUGAGAUCACUGAGAUCAAACUCAUGAAUGGAUUUGGCUUCAUCGAGUACAAGGACGCAAUGGACGCUCGUGAUGUUGUCCCUGAUGGUUCCGACUUCAUGGGCGAGCGCCUCAUCGUCCAGUUCGCUCGCGGCUCGCGUGCCCGUAACGAGAACUUCACUCCCCACGAGCGCGUUCCCCCGCGUCCUAGGCGCACACCAUACCGGAUGAGAAUAGCGAAUCUUCCUGUGGAGACCAGCUGGCAGGACCUUAAAGACUUUGCCCGCCAGUCUGGAUUGGACGUCGUCUACUCUGAAGUUGGCCGCGAGCGCGAUGGCACUGGAUUCGUCGAGUAUGAGACGGCCGCCGACCUGAAGACCGCAGUGGAGAAGCUGGACCGUCGUGAGUUCAAGGGGCAGGAAGUUACCUGUGUCCAGGACGUCUCCGAUCCUCCCCCACCUCCACCUUUCAAACCGCGCGCUCCUUACGGAGGCCCUGGUGGUCCUGAUGACCGGGGCCGUGAUAGAUACCGAUCCCGCUCUCCCAUGGGCCGCCGCGGUGGCGGAUACCCACCUGCGCCCUACGAUGAUUACUACGACCGUCGCGGGCCACCUCGUGGCUACAGCCCUCGUCGCGAUGACUAUCGCCGACGCACACCUCCCCGCGAGUUCUACGACAGGCGUGAUGGAGGUUAUGGACGUUCGCCGCCUCGUGGUCGCAUGCCUGAUGAGUAUGGCCCACCGCGCGCGCGUUACCCUGACGAUCCUUAUGAUGCUAGGGCCCGACCUCCUCCCCGCGGUUACGAUGACCCAUACAUGAACGGUCAUGGACGCCCUUACGAAGGAGGACGACCGCCGUCCCCACGUGGUGCCCGUCCCCGUAGCCCCGGAGGCCGUCCGCCUUACGACGCUGCAGCGGCUGAUUACCCACCACGUGGCCGCUACUAG